CAUGUUAUCAACAGCUCAUCUUUAGGGUCUUUAACCGCCCAUCACAUCCCGGACACUCUCUAUCAUUUUUUUUUUUUUUUACAGAUUUGUUAUAAGCCAUUAAAAAGAAAAGCUUUUGGUUUUACAGGUUGUCCAAAAUCCAUUUAUUAACUCAGCACAGAUCAGUGUGACUUUCUGUGUUGCUUUUGUUUUUAUUUUUAUUAACAACAUGAUAAUAUACAAACAUUCAGGUAGAGAACAACAGCACAUAGAAAUCAAAUUUUGUAUAAAAACUCAAACUUUGUAUAGCCAUGGUAAGGCUGGGUCAACGUGAGUCAGCUGGUUAGUGUGGCAAUAAAUCUUGCAACUUAUUUUGACAAACCGACUCAGGGUAGAGUUAGAGAAAUGGCUCCUAAAAGAAUAUUUAGGAGUGAUGCCGAAGGACGGAAGAAGAGAAAAUUGGAAAUGGAAAAAGAACACAGGAUAAAGGUAGCCUAUGUGAUGUGAAUCUGACACUCGUUUUUCUUGCAACAUUAAAGUGUGUUUAUGAAUGAAAUCGAAUUAAACGGAACAUAGCCACAGUUAAUUUGACGCUGGCUAGAAAUAAUAAAUGCAUCUGAAACGUUUUUCAUUAGAACAUGCUUGUUUUUUUUCACUGCUUGCUAACAGUUAGCUAACCUGAGUAGGAUUGUAAGGCUAGCUUUGCUUGUUACAUGCCUACCAAUGUUUUCUUGCAACAGUCAUGUUUUUUAACAAAUUAAACUGAACAUAGCCACAAUAAUUUUAACCUGCCAAGCUGGCUAGAAAGUAUGGAUAUAUUAUUAAUUUUAGCUGAAACACUUUUCAUUAGAACAAGCUUGAUCAUUUGCAUAUUUGGAUAAAAUUGCACUUCUGUGGUUAAUAAACAGGCCUGGAAGAUACAUAUAACAUACCUAUGUAAUGUCUUCUAGACUAUAUUUCAAAAACAAUAAAAGUCUAAUGUAUAAUCUUUUCAGGGGCAUUAUUGAAAUAUUUUGAAGCUACCUCCGCUGCACCAGGACCAUCUACCUCGUCAGCUGACAUGACUGCUGCUGAGGGAACAUCUUCAGAGACUUCAGGGCAUCUUCGCCCUCCGCUGACGAGACUGCAGCUGCAGAGGUCAUAACAGAAGUACCACAGCCUUAUACAUCCUCCUCCAACGUGACUGCAUCUGCAGACACUUUGCAAGUGUUAAGUGUUUCUUAAAUUUCUAUAUAUUUUAUUAAGCAAAUAAAAUUAGUUCAUUCAGUUGUGAGCAGUAUGAUUUGAUGGUUGCUGGGAGUGUUUUGGGACCACAAACAAAAUCUUGUUUAGGGCCACCAAAAUCCUAGGGCCGGCCCUGCUUAGAAUUGAGCUAGCUUAACUGGCGUUAGCUUUAAAGCUACUGUUAGCAAACUACGGCAGCCUACGCGUUUUAACGGUUCAGCUUCACUCUGGUAACCUAGAGAUUUACUUGAUAUGAGUGUGAUAUUAGCCAGCAAUUACCCUCCUGUAGCUGAAAUAAUAUGAGCAACAAAAGCUACACUAACGUUACUCAAUGACUGGAUUUAGUAUUGGUGUAAUUUAAUAUAAAUGAUAUAAAGGGAAUAUGCCCAACGGCAACUUCCGACCCAGUCCUGCCGGUUUCAGUCAGUGCUCAGCCCCGUAGUGUCGUUAUGCCAGAGUAUUGGCUGGUAUUCGGCAAAUUAUGCAGAUUUCUGGACGUCGAAGGAGGGCUGGAGGUUGGGCCAGCGGCAUGCUACGUGUCUUGGUAGUCCCUUUUAAACCCCCUCGUCUUCUUCGAUUGCCGCAGCCAAAAGUUUGUAGGUUACAGCCCAAGCGAGCGGCAGACCCCUCCAUCCAGGCCUGUGUGUGCGUGUGUGUGAAGGUGUGUGAAGCCCGGUGUUCAGCAGUCCGUCGGCGGCGUUAACGUUACACUCUUGCGAAAUGUCCGGAGUGAAAAAGCUACGUACGGAUCUCAACAGGUCCACCAAUGUGGUGUACCAGGCCCACCAUGUCAGCCGGAGUAAGAGAGGGCAGGUCGUGGGCACCAGGGGAGGCUUCAGAGGCUGUACCAUCUGGCUCACCGGCUUGUCUGGUGCCGGGAAAACUACCAUCAGUUUUGCCAUGGAAGAGUACCUCAUGUCUCAUGCUAUCCCUUGUUACUCACUGGACGGAGACAACAUUCGCCAUGGCCUGAACAAGAAUCUGGGCUUCUCUGCCGAAGACCGCGAGGAGAACAUCCGUCGUGUCGCUGAGGUGGCCAAACUGUUUGCUGACGCUGGGCUGGUGUGCAUCACCAGUUUCAUAUCUCCUUUCUCCAAGGAUCGCGAUGAGGCGAGGAAGAUCCAUGCAAGUGCCGGGCUACCCUUUUUUGAGGUGUUUAUCCACGCCUCUCUUGAGGUCUGUGAGAGCAGGGAUGUGAAAGGACUUUACAAGAAGGCUCGCGCAGGAGAGAUCAAAGGUUUCACUGGGAUUGACUCAGAUUAUGAGCGUCCUGAGGUUCCAGAUCUUGUGCUGAAAACUGGAGAGCUCUCAGUGAACGAAUGCAUCCAACAAGUGUUGGAGCUGCUCAGGGACCAGAAUAUUGUACCAAGUGGGAUCAUGGAGGAGGUGAAUGAACUCUUUGUUCCGGAGAACAAGCUGAAUCUCGCUGUGGCUGACGCAAACACGCUUCCCACCAUUAGCAUCACCAAGUUGGAUCUACAGUGGGUGCAGGUUUUGGCAGAGGGCUGGGCCAGCCCUCUCAAGGGCUUCAUGAGAGAGAGAGAGUUCCUCCAGGUUUUACACUUUGGAAACCUGUUGGAUGACGGGGCCAUCAACCUGUCUGUUCCCAUCGUCCUGCCUGUUAGCACUGAGACCAAGCAGGAGCUGGACGGCUGCGCGGCUGUAGCUCUUGAGUACCAGGGUUCACGUGUGGCUAUUCUCAGGAACCCAGAGUUCUACGAACACCGCAAGGAGGAACGCUGUGCCAGACAGUGGGGCACCACUUGUCCACAGCACCCUUACAUUAAGAUGGUUAUGGAGGGAGGUGAUUGGCUGGUAGGUGGUGACCUGGAGGUGCUGGAGCGAAUCCAAAUGAACGACGGACUUGACCAGUACCGCCUUACUCCACAGGAGCUCAAGCAGAAGUUCAAAGACAUGAAAGCAGAUGCGGUAUUCGCAUUCCAGCUGCGUAACCCGGUCCACAAUGGUCAUGCCCUGCUGAUGCAGGACACUAAGCGCCGUCUGCUGGAGCGAGGCUACAAGAAUCCAGUCCUCCUACUGCACCCACUCGGCGGCUGGACCAAAGAUGACGAUGUGCCUCUGGACUGGCGGAUGAAGCAGCAUGCUGCUGUCUUGGAGGAGGGCAUCCUGGAUCCAGCCAACACCAUUGUUGCCAUCUUCCCCUCACCUAUGUUGUACGCUGGACCCACAGAGGUUCAGUGGCACUGUAGAGCCAGAAUGAUUGCCGGAGCAAACUUCUACAUCGUUGGCCGGGACCCCGCAGGCAUACCUCACCCAGAGACUAAACAGGACCUGUAUGACCCCACCCACGGAGGCAAGGUCCUCACCAUGGCCCCGGGCCUCACCUCUGUGGAGAUCAUCCCCUUCAGGGUAGCUGCCUACAACAAGACAAAGAAGGCUAUGGACUUUUACGACACAGAGCAGCAUGCCGAGUUUGAGUUCAUCUCUGGAACCAAGAUGAGGAACAUGGCUCGGAGCGGAGAGAACCCUCCAGAUGGUUUCAUGCCCCCCAAGGCCUGGAAGGUGUUGGUCGAGUACUACACCUCUCAUCAGAAGGACAAGUAAUCAACGCAGCGCUCAGCUCACCAGUUACAGCAUACUAUAAAAGGAUAUAGUUGGUUCAUAAAGGCGGUUAAAUACACAUCCUUCCCUCCAGGAGUAUUUUAGAUACGUUCUUGUUUUAUCUUAUACAAAAAUACUCAUUUAGAGUGAUGAAUUUAGAUUACUAUGAAUAAUGAGUCAUUCUGGCAGGGCUGGGUGUUUUGUACAGGUCUUCACCAAAUCAAAAUGACUUGUCUUAAGCAGUUAAAGCAUUAAAUUUUUACAUUAUUACUAUGUGGUUUAUAAAUCCAUUGUAUGUUUAUAUGCAUAUUAACUUAAGCUAUGUAUUUUAGUAAAUUAAAGGUAACUAGAGAUUUUUUUAUGUUAUUAUUUUAAGUGUAGGAUCACAUCCCAAGGCUGUGUAAUCAGUUUUGAUAUUUACAUGUAAUAUCUGAAGGAUGCAAAGAACAUGUAGAUUUCACUUUUGAUAGCGUUUUAAGGCAGUUAUAUCACUGUCUGUCCAGUUUUUUGUAUGACCUGAAUGAAAGUUACUUGCAGUUUUAUCACUACCUAAAGUACCUACAGUGCCUAUUUGAUUUACAUGUAUGGAUGUCAAUUAAUUCAUCAUGUUAAUGUUUCAUAUUAUAGUGAAAUACAACAUAGAUUUUUUUUAUAAUGUGAAAGUUCUCUCAAAUGACAAAAAUUAUAAAACAGCAAUUGUCUCUGAAAAUGUAAUAAAAUGGGCAUGUGCAUUGAUGUAAUAAAGACCUGCAGUUUUAGGAAGACAAAGUAUGUUAAAUACUUAACUUAUACUUAAAGGGGCUUAUUUGUUAUUAUGGUGACUGUCUAAUACUGGGAUAUUGUGUACUAUAACUUAAACAAGAUGCCCUUUAAUAUAAAGGAUUUAAAUGUU